GCAGAGGUCCCUCGCCACACUCCGCGUCCUGACCCAAUUCCGCGAGGGCGCGAGGGCGCCCAAUCCCCCCGGGCCCAUGGCGUCGUCAGAGAUCGAGGUGGUCGAGGACGCCACCCCCGCCGCAACCAGUGGUGGAGCUGGACGGGCCGUCGCAGAGGUGGCGAGGCAGGAGGGGGAGGGGGAGGCGCUCAAGGACGAUGUGUACACGGGCGCGGCGUAUGGGGACCUCGAGAAGCUGCACCGCCUGGUCGAGCGGGAGGGCCGCUCCGUUACGGUGCAAGACGCGCUCGGGUACCACGCGCUGCAGUGGGCCGCUCUCAACAACCGCGUCGCCACUGCCCAGUACAUUCUCGAGCAUGGUGCCAAUGUAAAUGCUAUAGACCACACAGGCCAAACAGCACUUCACUGGAGUGCUGUGCGUGGCCAUGUUCAAGUUGCAGAAUUACUUUUGAAGGAAGGAGCUAAAGUGGAUGCCACUGAUUUAUAUGGAUAUCAGACCACACAUGUUGCUGCACAGUAUGGCCAGACAACAUUUCUUUGUCACAUUGUUGCCAAAUGGAAUGCUGAUCAUGAUGUUCCUGAUAACGAUGGAAGAAGCCCUCUCCACUGGGCUGCAUACAAGGGAUUUGCAGAUACCAUGCGUCUUCUCUUGUUUUUAGGUGCUUAUAGCACGCGGCAAGAUAAAGAAGGCUGUACCCCUUUACAUUGGGCUGCUAUUCGGGGGAAUUUGGAGUCAUGCACUGUGCUAGUUCAGGCUGGCAAAAAGGAGGAUCUUAUGGUUCAAGACAAUACUGGCUUGACUCCAGCCCAACUUGCUGCUGAUAAGAAUCAUCGACAAGUUGCAUUUUUUCUAGGGAAUGCUAGAAGUAUACAUGAAAGGGGAUGCGUCGGGAACAGUUAUUUUGUGAAACUAUCAAAAAUCGGGCUUGCUCCUCUUCUUUGGUGUAUCAUUAUAGCCUUAAUGGUUGUAUAUAUACAUUCAAUUAUCUUAGAAGACUAUAACACAAAGAUGACCGUAAUUUUUGGGUUAUUUGCAUGGUUGGGAGUUUUCCUUGCAAGUGUCGGACUGGUUAUGUUUUAUAGAUGCAGCAGGAAAGAUCCUGGUUACAUCAACAAGAAUAUAAGAGAUUCACAAAAUCAAAGAGACGAUGAACCUUUGUUGAAGAUGGGUUUGGACAGUCCUGAACUUCUUGAUGGUAAUUGGUCUCGCCUAUGUAUAACAUGCAAAAUUGUCAGGCCUGUACGCUCAAAACAUUGCUCUACAUGCGACCGCUGUGUUGAGCAAUUCGAUCAUCACUGCCCUUGGGUAUCAAAUUGCAUUGGAAAGCGGAACAAAUGGGACUUCUUUAUGUUCCUUAUCCUAGAAGUUUCUGCAAUGAUUAUUACUGGUGUAAUGGCCAUCAUAAGAAGUGUAGGAGACCCAGCUUCCCCAGCAUCAUUUGGUGGAUGGCUUGGCUAUACAGCUAUAAACCAUUCUUGGGUGGUGUCUUUUGUCAUAAUGGACCUCCUCCUUUUCCUUGGUGUUAUAACUCUAACAGUAAUUCAAGCAUCACAGCCACGCGCGAUUAAUCGGAGCAGUCGUGCGCGAUUAACGGGGUCUGCACCAGGGAAAUCAAUCGGAUCAGGGAACCAACCGCACCAGUCACGCGUGAUUAACGAGACUGAUCCGCCCGCCGCCCACAACGCGCAACACCAAAUAUUCAUCCAUUCAAGAUAUCCAGGAACAUUACAACAAAUGAGAUGGCAAAUACCAUUAGGUACAGUUACCUCAGGGGACCAAGUGGCAGAUUCAGAAAUCCAUAUGACCAUGGGCUGCGUGAGAACUGUUCUGACUUCUUGCUGAAGGGGUACAAUGAGGAUAUUGAGAGCACUGUACAGACAUUGCAAUCUGACGAGGAAAUGGGACCAAUUCAGAUGAGCAGCCCAGUCUCACAGAAUGGCGAGAGCAUUCCACCACAUGUGAAUGGCACUGACCAUGGUUCCACCAUUUCACAUGCCAACUCAAAAUCCCAUCGCCAAAGUCCAUCCAAUUGUUUGGGCCUAGGGCUGGGCACUGGGCAUAACAACCCCUCUAGCCGUUAUGCGCGAUCUCUUCUUCCCUUAUGAUUUGUCUUGAGGAUAUCCAGAUGUGCUCCUUUAUAUUUGUGCAUACUUGUUGGACAACCAGUCAACCACAGCUUUGUUUGGGCUAUUUCUUCAUGGGUGCUCGGUGAUUUCUCUCUGGUUGCACAAACGUGAAGGCUUCAGAAACAUCUUCAGCUUACUGCACCUAUGACACACGAUAGAAAUAGUGUCAAUGUCAAGGUUUUGUUCUUGUUUUCUUGGCAAAAGGCACCAAGGCUCUAUGCCUACUAUCCAAUAUGUAUGUACAUGGAUGGGGCUAGUAGUUCAUGCACUAACCCGUUUUGACUUUUGAGGCAUAGUUGUACGCUUAGGGCUGAUAACGGCCUAUAAUUUUUGCACUAUAAGAUUUAAGUAUCAAAUCGGGUUAGGAUCGGACUCUAUUUCUAGUCAUUUUUGAAUUAUAAUUUAUUUAGGGCAUUGAUAUUUUUUGAAGAACCAUUUGGAUCACGAUCCAUUACCACCCAUAUGUACGCUACGAGAGUUGUAAAAUGUACAGUAACAGAACUACAUGGCAUGUUUGUUCCUGCAUACGUAUUUAUAGAAAAAAAUGAUUUGUCUCC